AUGGACGGGUACCACGUGGUACAGAUGCAUGAUGGUCACCACAGACCCAGGUCACCACAGACCCAGGUCACCACAGACCCAGGUCACCACAGACCCAGGUCACCACAGACCCAGGUCACCACAGACCCAGGUCACCACAGACCCAGGUCACCACAGACCCAGGUCACCACUGACCCAGGUCACCACAGACCCAGGUCACCACUGACCCAGGUCACCACAGACCCAGGUCACCACAGACCCAGGUCACCACUGACCCAGGUCACCACAGACCCAGGUCACCACAGACAAGACCCAGGUCACCACAGACAAGACCCAGGUCACCACAGACCCAGGUCACCACAGACCCAGGUCACCACAGACCCAGAUCACCACAGACCCAGGUCACCACAGACCAGACCCAGGUCACCACAGACCCAGGUCACCACAGACCAGACCCAGGUCACCACAGACCCAGGUCACCACUGA